AUGCCACAGGAAAUCAAGGACAUCAAGAACUUCCUCGAAAUUGCUCGUCGUAAGGACGCUCGUUCAGCUCGCAUCAAGAAGACCAAGACCAUUGGUGCUAAGGGCGAGUCAGCACAACUUACCAAGUUCAAGAUCCGUUGCUCCCGCUACCUCUACACUCUCGUCGUCUCUGACGCUGAGAAGGCUGAGAAGCUCAAGCAAUCACUCCCACCAACUCUCAACGUUGAGGAAAUUGGCAAGGCUGCUCCAAAGAAGUAA